CGCAAAAGAAAUCACAUAAUUUGUCCGGCAGCCUGUACUGUAACUUCUGUCCCAUUUAUACGCGUGUUAAUGUGGAAAGGUACACGAAAUUAGUCUUUCUGAUUAGGACAAUCGCGUAAAUAUCUGCGUAAAUUCAUCGCUCGCCUCAACGCUGGUAACUCGUGUGUUUUAAUUUUUCGACCGCAUCACUUCCUUUCGCUCUGUAAACACCGUAUCCCUCCACAGCAACGAGAUAGUGCCUUACGUCAUUUUCCUUCAGCAUGCCCACGUUUGUUUUCUUUAUGGCUCGCGCUAGUAACUUUGAAAUAUUAAGGAGAAAAUAUCAUUAAAAUAUCAAACAAGCGAAUUUCAUAUUUAAGUAUCGGAUUCACAUCAGGACAAAGAAUACUUUACAGUCCACAGUUUAUUCUGUCUCUCUCGCUCUCUUUCCUUUAAAUCAGCUAACUUCGUAAAUCGACUCCACCAGCGUCUCUGAGCAUAUUAUUUUUGGGGGGAGGGUUUGCUGCGUUUUAUGCCGUUACGGGUUGUUCCGUUGUCGGGUAUAUUUACGAUGUUCACCAAACAGAAACCACAUGUCACAUAAUCGACGCAAACGGGCAUUACAGUAUACAUAACCGUGUGGACAAUAAUUGUUGAAACUGCGUGAAGUUUGAGCUUGUCUUCUUUUACAAACACACAGGCGGAUGAAUACAGGUAGCUAAAGCUCCAGCAUGAUCUCUCAAGUCCUUCCUAUUUCACCUUAAGCCCUCGCCUACCGACUUCGCCUUUGCAAGUAAGCGGACCGAUUAUUUGGACGUGAUUGGUUGAGGGCGAUUAAAGUCCGCCUCCUAUUGGCUAUUCGUAUGUCAAUCAUAUAGCAACGCCAAUCAUGGUAGAUAGGACACCUUGUACACUGUAUCAUUUGGCUGAGCAAAGCUAGCUAAACAAUUAUCUGGAGCACCAAGGGGAAGGAGUUUAGUAAUUGGUGCUAACUUCGGCUGUACUCGUUUUGUCGACGUUUUGGUUGUGUUUUUUUUGUCUUACGAGUGUAUCCAGGUCGUGGGAAACCUCAUCGCUGCCUUACAGAUGUGGAUACAGUAGCUACUCUGGGGUCAUCGCUGGACUAGUCACUUCUGUCACACAGCCAUAGCACACAGAACAGGACAUAGGACACAUCUCAUUCUAUGUCCAUGAGGAUAUUGUUGAUUCAUUCAUUUGCUCAUGAUUCCGUACCAUUGGCUAGACUCGGGAUACAUGCGACUGUGACCAUCAGAGAGGUUCAAGAAGAAAAGGUAUAUAACUCAUCAUCAUCAUCAUCAUCAUCACCAUCAUCGUCAGAAAUUUUUUGGGGUGGGGCUGGAUCACAUUAAGAACUCUGAGUGGAUGACUUGCAGCCUGAACGUAUCAUGAUCUGAAGGCCCUGCCUGGAGGCCUUGCUCCUUCCUUCCUUCUGUUUUUCUCUGUGGGGGGAGAGCCGAAAGUCCAGCUGCUUCAGGUGGAGCAGGGAGAGCGAAGGACAGUGUGUGUGUGUGGGUGUGAGAGAGAGAGAGAGAGAGAGAGAGAGAGAGAGAGAGAGAGAAGGACACGUGCCUCGCUGCUGUUUGAGGUCCUGUACCCUCCUCAGGACAGGCACGACCUCUGACCUCUGAUCUCAUCACGAGCCCCACCCUGCCCCCACUCCUGCCCAGCCAAUCAGAGCAGACAUGGGGAGGAAAAAGAUCCAGAUCCAGCGAAUCACAGACGAACGGAACAGACAGGUCACGUUCACCAAAAGGAAGUUUGGUCUGAUGAAAAAGGCUUAUGAGCUGAGUGUGUUGUGUGACUGCGAGAUCGCCCUCAUCAUCUUCAACCACUCCAACAAGCUCUUCCAGUAUGCCAGCACCGACAUGGACAAAGUGCUGCUCAAGUACACCGAGUACAAUGAGCCGCAUGAAAGCAGGACCAAUGCAGACAUUAUAGAGGCUCUGAACAAGAAAGAGCACCGGGAUUCGGAAAGCCCGGACCCUGAGGAGCCCUUCUCACUCACGCCUCGUACUGAGGAGAAGUACAAAAAGAUAGACGAGGAGUUUGAUAAAAUGAUGCAGAGCUAUAGACUGUCAUCUGCAGUGCCACCACCAACUUUCUCCAUGCCAGUCACAGUGCCGGUGUCCAAUCAGAGUCCUCUCCCCUUCAGCAAUCCCAGCAGCCUCGUCACCACCUCCUUCGUCACCUCCACGCUCACAGAUCCGCGCCUGCUGUCACCACAGCAACCACAGCUGCAGAGGAACACAGUGUCUCCUGGCCUGCCGCAGAGACCGGCGAGUGCAGGUGCUCUUCUAGGAGGUGACCUAAACAAUUCAAACGGAGCAUGUCCAAGUCCAGUGGCUAAUGGCUACAUCAGUGCCAGGGCCUCCCCAGGCCUCCUCUCUGUCUCCAACGGCAACAGCAUGGGGAAAGUAGUUCCGGCCAAGUCUCCCCCUCCGCCCAGCCCUCAGAUGGUGAACAGUCGUAAGCCGGACCUCCGGGUCAUCACCUCACAAAGCAGCAAGGGCCUCAUGCAGCUGACAGAUGAGGAGCUGGAGUUGGUGAGUGAGAAUGCUCAGCGGUUGGGUGCCUCCCAGGUGACCCAGCCUCUCACCACUCCAGUGGUUUCCGUGGCAACGCCCAGCCUCCUGACCCCAUUCUCUAUGCCAACUGCCUAUAACACAGAGUAUCAGCUGACGAGUGCAGAUCUCACAGCCCUUCAGGCCUUCACGCCGCAGGGUGCGCUGUUGCCAAGCAACGUGACUACUUGGCAACAGCAGCAGCCAUCAGUAUCUCAGCAACCACAGCAGCAGCCAUCAGUAUCUCAGCAACAGCCUCAGCAACAACAACAGCAGCAUCAGCAGCAACCACAGCAGCAACCACAGCAGCUCAGCCUGGCUUCACUCAGUAACCUUGUCAUGUGGGGUGCAGACAAACAGAACGGGGAGAUGGCUAACUGCAUCUCCGGUCUGGCUGCUAACCUCAGUGUGACCUCACAGGCCAGCUUACUCUUGGGCAGAGAGGAAGGGCUCAGCUGGCCAGUGGGUCCUAUCCCUCAUGGUGCCACUCUGACGGUGAACACUAACCCCAGCGUGAGCAUCAAGUCUGAGCCUGUUUCUCCUAACCGUGACCGAAGCACCCCCAGCUCUACAGGCGCGUCAGUGGCAACGGGUCCAGUGACCGGGUUGACAGUCACCCAAUACCCGGGGGCGCUGCGUCUGGAGCCCACCGGCCGCUCUCCAGUUGACAGCAUCAGCAGCAAUGGCAGCUCAUGCGAGGGCAGCGACCGGGAUGACGGAGGCCAUGCACGAGCUCCCGAUUUCAGCACCACUGCUCUGGGGCCUCUCCGAGCCUCUGGAGAGCAGGCGGCCUCUUCAGAACCGCAGGAGGGAGCCAACAUCAAGCGCAUGAGACUGGAUACCUGGGUCACAUAAACACAAGCAAAUGAGAGAGAGCUACCCUCUUUCACACUCACAUACAUUUACACACACACACGCGCACACACACCACACACACACACACACACACACCCCACCUCCCCUGUGACACACGCUUCUUUCAGCUGCACCUGGCACACAUGCAUGAGUACACUUAUGCACACUUGUUUUCAACCUUUCUCAGCCUCUGUUUCUCUCUCUCACGAUACUGGUCUGCGUAUAUGUACACGCACACAAAAAGACGGACAAAGUCGCCAAUCCAUGUGCACAUGAGUUAACCCACAGGGAGCCGGACGGUUCUGUCAAGACGUAGGGUUGGACGUUUGGGUCUCUUCAAGGGGAUGCUGGCCUCACUGACCUCUGCUCAGUCCUUGUCCUCACCCUUGGUCCUCUCUGCACUGACACGCUUUACCUUUUUGAGUCCAGCUGUACUGUUCUGGUGAAACCGUUUAUGACAACCAAACUGAAGCCGCUCGUUGUGUUGUGUAGAAUAGCCGCUCACAGAAGCUGUUUUCCAGGUCAUGUUAUUGUUGUUUGCGGUUUUUUCUCUCUUUCGUUUUCUUUUUCCUGUGUGUGUGUGUGUGUGUGUGUGUGUGUGUGUGUGAGAUGACUUGUGUUUGCUGUUUAUCUUUUUGACUCUCUACACUCUUCUUCUUUUUGCUACCAUUGCUCAAACAGCUGCCUAUAGUAUUGACUUUCAGUAUGUUUGAUAAUGCCAUAUGCAUCGUUUUAUCGCAUUUGAUCAGGACCUGCGUCUCAUAAAUAAUGCAAAAGGUUAAGUCUGAAGCUCUCAUGUACAGCUAGCCUAAUCAAGAUUUGAAAAACAAAAUAAGCAGUGUGCGUAUUUCAGGGAAGGACUAUAGUGACUUGAUGCAAUUAAGUCCAUGAGGUGAACUCAUUGGCCUACAUAGAUCUUGGGGACAGACUGAGAAUAAUAUAUAUGUGUGUGCGUAUGUGUGUAAACAGUGAGACAGAGAUACAGGUAAACAGCCAAGUGCUCAGUUCCAGUUUCAAUGUUUUGUUUUUUUCUUGUUUUUCCUUUUCAUCACCAACUUGCACCAAAUCCCUCACCAGUGCACCUUCACGUGGAGAGCUAAUGGUAGCUCCUCAUGAGUAGGAGAGGUGACUCUGUUUUUUUUGUUUUUUUUGUUUUUUGGUUGUUGUUUCCAAUUCCGUCACUUUUGUACACGCAAUUACGUAUGUUUGUACGUAUGGUGUAGUCAGGUGGAAAUGUAGCCCUAUUUGUACAAUUUGAAAUCCAGUCCUGAUAUUAAAUACAAGUGUAUACACACAUUGCUCAGCUGGAACACUCUACGUUUUUAGAGUGGGCAGCUGUAUUAGUGUCACUACCGCUGGUUUACGUGAGAAGCAGCCUAACACAUUCUGUAUUUAUUACUUGUUUGUCUGGCUGCAAAGUUUUUGUUUGUUUUUUUUGUUAGUUAAUCUUAUGAAGCAAGUAUUCUUAAAUUGUUGUUUUAAGGAGCCACAAGAGUUUAGAAACAAUCUGAGCCAGUAAGGGCUCAGGGCCGUGGGUUUGUAGGCUUUCAAAGUGUGUAAAUACCCGGGUUUCCCCUACAUGUUCCUGUAAAGGCUCUUGUGUACUGAGAGGAGAGGAUUGGAGAGCGUGCAAUGAAACCAUGAUGUGGCUUUGGCCUCAAAAUGCAGUGGAGUAGAGCUCUGCUUGAGUUUUAGAACUCUGAACACAGUGGCGCGAGGAUUCUAGAAUAGUCUGGGGUAUUCCAGAUAUGGAGUGGAGCCUGGCUUUAUAUGCUGCGUUGAGGAGAAGCCAGGCAAAGUGGACUGUACAUAGAGAUAUGUGUAUGAUUAUACACAUCGUGCUGGAUCUGCCUGAAGCAGAGAUAUAACUCUCAGUGGAGCUAUCUUUCUAUUUCUAUGUGUAAAUAAACUACUAUGUUGCAGGCGAGCCGGGUAGAGAUGCAGCAAGUGACGCAGACAUGGAUAUGACUGUUCAGGAGUGAAUCUUUUUUUUCUGAUUAUUCUGAUGGAGUGCACUUUAAAUCAACCCCCAGCGUCCCAGCGUACCAACCCUUUACCCUCUUUACUAGUCAGGUCUUUCAUAAAAAGGGGGGUUCUCUUCUGCUCAUCCUACAUCACAGUCUCCAGCCUCCCUCCAUGCAUACGUGCGCUUGCCAGAGAGGACUUCUCCAGAAUCCACGCCUCAUUGCCCUCCUCAUUUCCUCUCUCACUUGAUCACUUUGAUCAAUGGAUUGCCGCCCGCCAUUGCUUCCAUUUCCUUCUGCUUCACGCUGGCUUGACCACAGGGCUUUCAGUCUCACGCAGAACUGCAGGACUGUCCACGAUGGACUGCCUAAAGAAGUGGUCUGAUGGGGCUCUGCAUUAAAGACUCACUCCAUCCCUCCUCUCAGAGACCAUUGCGUGCCAUUCAGGGAAGAAGAGCUCAUGUUCCUGUGUGAUUAUGGCCCCAUCUUUCAUGUCUCAGUUUUGACGGUGAACAAUUAUUGAAGACCUAAAAAUGUCACCUUUUGUAAAAGAAAAGAAAAGAAAGAACGUUGUACUUUAAACAUAAUAGAUUAGACUUGACACGUGUUGCAAAUGUGCAAUUCUCAAAGCGCAAAAAAAGAGAAAUGUCUAUUAUUUAAACAAUGAUGUACACAAAUUGUUUUAUGGUGCAUUAGUGUAGUGCAUAAGUGAAUAGAAUGAAGGAAGUCUCUUUGAUAAUGAUAAUGAAGAAUAGAGUGGGUUUAGAGAUCCAGCAGUCACUGUUCAAAGUCUAGGGACAGAAUAUGGCAAGUUUUUAAAAUGACUUUGAUUGUGCUGUAUGUGUAUUUGUAUCCCAAAUCUUUAGCCUCUAUUAUGGCAUUUUCCCUCAAAGCUCUAUCUAUGAAAUGAUUGGAAAAGAGAUUAGCUGUGUCAGAUCUAAUGAGAUGCUUUACUUGCUCCUUAUAAAGGUGUUCCCCAAAACUAGAGUAAACCUGAGCUUAGAGCUUGCUUAAUUUGGUUGUUCUCUCAGCAUACAUAUUGAAAUAGUUCACUCAUAUCCACUCAGGUGAGACCUGCACUGGCAGUCUAUUUUUUUUCUUUAUCUCACUUGCCCCUUCUCCAUUCUCCAGCAUCUCUCACUCACUUUCUCUCACUGUCCUUCUGUCUUACACUUGUGGAAGAUUAACGCUUUAAGUGCAAGCAGCCGUCUCGCCUAAAACCACCACGACCAGUAACCCAUCUCUGCCAGCCAAGAUUAAACUUACUCAUACACAAAUACAGAUGCAGUACUGUAUGAUUUGGGGUGUACCUGCUUUGAGGGCAGUCAGUGAGAGCAUGCACUUUUGGUGGCUGUCUGCAAGCUUCAAGCCUGAAAUCUGCUCAGCGCAGUCAGAUCUAUAGAACUCUAUCAUUCUAGAACUCUUAACCUUGAAGGCUUUUAGGACUGCAGGAGAGCUUAGUCUGGAGGCCAGAGCCAUGAGGAGAGAGUGGCACGGUCACUAUAGGCAUCUAUAAUGUUUUCCAGUCCGAGUCAAGGAGGACCCCUGCAUUGCACAGUGUAGUUUCUCCCAAUCUUGCACACUCAAGUCAUUUUAUAUGCAUUCAGGCUCUCUCUUUAGCUGAUGAGUUGAUGCAGUUGAGUUAGAGCAGGAAAACAAGAAAACGUGCAAUACGGAGCUCCUCUAGGACCAGGAUUUAGAAAGACUAUUCCUACAGAACAGUGCAACACAUCCUAGCCCCUUCAGGUCAGCAUGUUGGAACACCUGUAGACUUCAAGACUGAGCUUUGAACAAAUUCACUGAUUUCUGAAGAGUGUCUUUGGUGUGAUGUUCAUCAGCUCUGGAAAGGAUCUCUUGGUAAUGGUAGGAGUCAUCAUAAUCAAAAGGAAAGACAAUCGUCACGUGAAUAGUUAACUUUCGCCCCCUCAUAUCCCCCAUGUAUGAUGAUGUUUAGAGAAUCUCAAUUUUUUCUAGUGUUAAUUUGUGCUGGUGACAGUUCUAUUGUCUGUUUUUAUUAUAAUUGUUAUAAUGAUUAUCAUUACCAUUAUAGUUAUCAUCUUUGAUGAUAAUGAUAAUUUAGAGAUUUUUAUUUUCUGCUAUUUUUUUUUUUUCGUGUAGGUUAGGCAUCUUAUUUUAUUUGAAUUUGAUUUUAUUAUAUAUGAAAUACUAUAUAAAUGUCUUUUCAGUUUUUUUUGUUUUUUUUUUGUUUCUUUUUUCUUCAAAGGGGUGUUACUAAUAUUGCACGAUUCGUUAAGUAAAACAAAAUGACAGUAGUGAUAUAAAUACUUACUGGUAACUGAGGGAAGUGCUCAACAAGUUGAUAGAAUGACCAGUUCAAUGCUGCAAUUUUUAGUCAAUUGUACAAAACUGUCUCUACACAUAGAGGAGUAGAGAUAUCCACUUGAUUAAUUUAUUCAGAUCAGACACAGAUGUCAAUGCAUGGGCGUAAAAACAAGCAAAGAAUGAGUCAUAUUAUAAAUAAACUGAAAUGUAAUUUCAUUAAGAAUAUACACCACACACAACUAGAAUAGAAAUUGAAGAAAAAAGUUUAAAAAGAAAAAUGAUAGCUAAUAUAUUGUGUUCGGCUAGUCUGCUUUGAGUUUUGUUGUAAACAAAAAAAAUAUUUUGUUGUUUUCGGAGAAUGAUAUACAAUUUGUGUAUAUUUUCAUAAACAAAGUAUGCACUGAUAUGUUAUUACAAAUUAUAUACUGCUUUUACAAAAAAGUGUUUGUUAUUGUACCAAAGUAUCCAUUUGUCCUUUAUGACCCUCCCCUUUUGCGUAUGUUUUACCGUAUUUUAUAUAUUAAAUAGACAAGUUGACCUACAAAGAA